GAUGAUGAUGAUGAUGAAGACAAUAUUGAUAAUGACGAUGAUGAAGGAUAGGAAAGUGAUGAUGUUGGUCAUGGGGACGGUGGUUAUCAUCCUAUCGGUAAUACGGAUCAGUAAAGAUUAGGGUAAUUAUGAUGAUGAUAUUGAGUAUGAUGGUAAUGAGUAGAAUAAGUCCCCCAUCCGUACACUGUUUGCUGCUGUUUUUAAAUGACCAAUUUAUCAGCGAUGAUGGGUUUUGACAAUAAUGAGAGGGAAAUUACAAUGUCAUAGUCUGUCAUUGAAAAUUUAUUAAAUGCCAUUACUGUAAUGAGUGUACAUUUUCUCAGCCGAUCUUCUUCUGUAGAGAGUGAAAUUUCAUCAAUAUAUUUACAAAUUAUUAUACUCUAGCUAUAUUUUCACCAUGUACAUUUUAUAAUGCUAUCAUUAUAACAGGUCAAGCAAUUAGGGAAUGGAAAAGCUUGAUGACUUUGUGACACAAAUACCAAUAAUUACCUGAAAGGUUCUACAUGUACAGCACGUGCUCGACCGCUAUUAAGUGUCGUCUUUCUACCCAUACGCAUGCCAUCAAAGCCAAUUACUCUAAUCACAUAAUGAUGAUUAUCCAUAUAUCCUAGGCCAUUAAACCAAUUUAAACCAGUUUCUACUAUUGCCAUUAUCCCUCCCCACUUUCAGAUUCAUUACCAUAUAUAUCUCUGUGUAUUACUCUUCAUUAUAUUUCUCCAUGAAAUAUUCAUUAUUCUCCUCCACCAAUUACUACCAAAGAAUCUUCAGCCGGUUGGUUGUCAUGGCUAUAAAUACCCCGCCUCUGACGGCGGCGGCGGGAGGCCUUUCGUCAAUGGUACUUCCUGCUGGCAUUCCAAGAUGCGUGCAACGACGGACAAUGUGACUCGACGUUUGGUUGAUUAUUAAUACCGUAGAGGAUGUGAGAGAUGUUGUAUAGAUCCAGAUGGACAAACAUGAAAUGUUAUUGAUGGGACUAAUGGAUCAGGAUUGUAUCCCUUGAGCCUGAAGUGUGGAAUUGGACACUUGUUUGUUUGGAUUGUUAGUGUGUUCAGCUUAUUGCAUUGGUCAAUACCAUGGUCAAGUACUUUUCAGCAGACCAUGGCCGGAGAUGGUGGAAUAGGUUGCCAGGCUCAUCCCGUAAAUCCAAGACCAUGGACAGUGAUUCAGAAGAUCAGUACGGAGAGGACGAUACUGACCAUGCUGACCACCUCAUUGCCACAGAGGGCGACGAGCCACUCUCCACCUCUACACCGCAGUAUCCCCAUGGCAAGAAGAAGAAACGACCUGGCCUUUGGAAGCGCUUUAAGCAUAAAACCAAACCCAUGCGUAAGAUCGGCUCCCACGUCAUGGAGAAAGCCCAUCACAAGUCCCACGGUCACUCCGAUGACGAGAACAUCACCACGACGAGAUCCCGCUCUUUACUCUCUGCUUCAGAACCGCAACUCAGCAACAAAACUCAGAACUACAACUCGCUUCCGCGCUCCCAUCGCUUUGGAGGAUCGGUCAUUGAUCGUAGUAGACUAUUUGUUGAGACGGACGGUAGACCCCAGCAAUAUUCCAGUGAUUCAGACUCAGGCGCGGCCAGGACUAAUGGUAGCAAACUUGUGAGAAGAUCUAGCUCUUCGUCUUCCAGGAAAAUCUUGUCUUUCGAUGUGAACAAUGAUUCUAGACAUUCAAAGAGCUUACCCGCGGAUGGGGAAUUAGAACUUGAUGUGCCUGAGCUAGCGGCAUCGCCAGCAGCAGUACGUAAACGCCUUAUGGACAAGAAGCAUGGGGACCAAUCAUCCUCUGUUCCUGAGUCCAGCACCCAUGGGACAACAUCCAUACCCCUCACCAACCAAAACAACAACCAGCAACACACCUCCGGAGGAAGCGAGGACGACUACCAUCGAAGGCGGAGCAGGGAGUCGUCGUUUGGUGCUGUCACCAUGGAAACCAACCAGCGGGGAUCAGGAGAUGAUGGGGUGGAUGGGGGGUUCCCCUCGUCGACUCAAGGGAUGAGUCUGGAGGAGAUGGAUGAGAGGGCAGCAAGGUUCAGUGGUGUACCCCAGCCGGGUAAUUUCUACCGGUUAGAGGUGCAUCUGAAGGAGGGCAAGGAUCUCGCUGUCAGGGAUUGGAGCGGUUCAUCCGAUCCAUACAUCAGGUUCAAGAUCAACAGCAAGCAGGUUUACAAAUCCAAGACCAUCGUUCACAACCUCAACCCCAGAUGGAAUGAAGUCUUCUCUGUAGCCAUAGAAGAUGUCACCAAGCCUCUCCACAUACACGUCUUUGACUAUGACAUAGGAACCUCUGAUGAUCCCAUGGGAAAUGCAAAGUUUGACCUCAUGACCCUCAAGACCAGCGACAAAUCUAGACCAACAGAAGUGAAGCUAGACCUAUCUGACGAUACAACCGAUGAAUACCUGGGCUAUAUCGUCUUAGUCUUCUCACUAAUACCAGUCAAUGAGGGAGAAUAUGCUGCUUUCAAUCUGAGGCUGAGACGAGACAAUGAAGCGAGAUCAGGGAGUCAGAGGAAAGGGAAAUCCCAAACAUGGAUAGGCGUGGUCACCAUCACUCUCCUGGAGGGACGAAACAUGGUCCCCAUGGAUGAUAAUGGACUGAGCGACCCCUAUGUCAAGUUCAAACUAGGUGGAGAGAAGUGGAAAUCCAGGGUGGAGAGUAAAACCUUGAAUCCCAAGUGGAUGGAGCAGUUUGAUCUUAGGAUGUAUGAGGAACAAUCUUCAUCACUGGAAAUCUCAGUCUGGGAUAAAGACUUAGGAUCUAAGGAUGAUAUCAUGGGAAGGUCACAUAUUGACGUUGCGACCCUUGACAUGGAGCAGACCCACCAGCUGUCCAUUGAGUUAGAGGACAAUGCAGGCACUCUGGACAUCUUACUGACCAUCAGUGGUACCGUAGGAACAGAGAAUGUCUCGGACCUUGCUAACUACAAACACGAUCCUAACCUCAAGAGGGAGCUGUGCCUCAAAUAUGGACUUCUGAAUUCAUUCAAAGACGUCAAAGAUGUGGGCUGGUUACAGGUCAAAGUAAUCAGAGCACAAUCUCUACAAGCAGCUGAUAUUGGAGGAAAGAGUGAUCCAUUCUGUGUGUUAGAGCUGGUCAACGCCAGACUUCAGACUCAAACAGUCUACAAAACAUUACAUCCAGAGUGGGGAAAAGUCUUCACAUUUCAAAUCAAGGACAUCCACUCAGUGUUAGAGGUGACUGUGUAUGAUGAAGAUAAGCAUGGUAGUCCUGAGUUCCUGGGGAAAGUGGCCAUUCCAAUUUUGAAGGUGAAAUGUGGAGAGAGGAGACCGUACACCUUGAAGGACAAGAAGCUGAAGAGAAGAGCAAAAGGAUCUAUUCUACUGGAGCUGGACUUCAUCUACAAUGAUAUCAAGGCUGCUGUCAGGACAUUCAAUCCCAGAGAGGACAAGUAUAUGGAACAGGAACAAAGAUUCAAGAUAUCAGUACUACAAAACAACCUGUCUAGAGUGAGUAACAUGGUUACAGACAUAGUGAGUGUUGGGAGAUUCAUCAAUAGCUGCUUUCAAUGGGACAGCAAGCUACGCACAAUCAUUGCUUUUGUUGCCUUUCUGAUCAUAGUAUGGAACUUUCAGUUAUACAUGGCUCCCCUGGCUAUCCUCAUGCUCUUCACAUGGAAGUUUGUAGAGCAAUGGAUUGUCUCUUCAUACUCAAAACCACCAGAUGAGGAUGACUAUGAGGAUAGCUCAGGAGAUGAAGAUGAAGCAGAAGAAAAAGACAAGAAAAAGGAAAAGAAAACGGAGAGUAAAAGAAGCUUCAAGGAGAAGUUACAAGCGAUAGAGAGGGUAUGUCAGACCAUACAGAAUACACUAGAUCAAGUAGCAUGCCUGGGAGAACGCAUCAAGAACACCUUCAACUUCACCGUGCCGUGGUUGUCCUUUAUGGCUAUCAUAGUCCUGUGUGUAGUCACUAUUGUCCUCUACUUUAUACCUCUUAGAUACCUCCUCCUUGCUUGGGGUAUCAACAAGUUCACCAAGAAGAUUCGCGCGCCCCAUGCCAUUCCAAACAAUGAGCUUCUAGACUUCCUGUCCAGACUUCCGUCGGAUACUCAGCUCAAACAAUAUCGAGAACUCAGACCAGAACUUACAAGAACAGACUCUCCUAAAAAGAGGAAAUAAGUGAGGGAUAUCCAGUAUUGAAGGAACAAAGAUAUAGAUAUCAUCGCUAAUCACUGCUGAAUACUGCCCUAGUGUGAGAGAGUCCGUCUUCUGGAUUAGAAGCAAUUGAUUGGAAGCUUUACACCACGUUGAUAAUUGAAAUCAUUCAGGAUAGAAUCAACUGCCUCGAAGUACAGCAGGAUUACAGCCAUUGAUAGGUGUACUGGAUUGAUCGGAUGCAGAGCACAAAUCGCUCCAUGGCUAGUUUAAUUGCUAACCAAGCUUCUAAACUUUACUCUUCACCAAACACUACACCUAAAGACUAACAGUAACCAUCAAAUUACAGUAAAACUGAAUCGCAAUCAUAACCAUGUCUUUGAUGAAAUAAAGCCAGGAGCAAAUGUUGGAGUAUUAUCGGAUCACGAAGCACAAAUAUGUCUCAAGCGCAACUUUAACCGACUCUCUAAGUAGAGGAUGGGUUUGGGAGGAAAAUGCUGCCAUUCGCUCAUCUGCCAGCCAGUCUGUUAUAAAGCUGACAACCGUUCUAAAUUGAUUAUGUGGUGUUGUAAUGGUAUUAUGAGAGUUCUUUGAAGUGAAGAUGAGCAGUGUAUAGCUGACUAUUGGUCAUUGUUCUACUCUCCACAAACCUAGAGGGACAAAGUUGAAAUUAGUAGCUCUGUUAACUGAUGAUAAUGUACUUUGUGAAAUACAGUGUAGGUGUUAUUAUGUUAUGAGGUGUAAGUACUCAUAUUAAACUCUUGAAUACAGAGCCUAACAAUAUGUGGGAUUAAACCCUCUCAUUUGAAAUGCAUGCAUGAAAAUGAGAUUGAAAAUUAAUCAUUCUUCACCUUCAAGGCCUUGUUUCUUUAAAAAAUGUUUCAGAAAAACACCUGCCACUAUCCCACUUCAUCACAGCCAAUCAAAUACGGCCUUGUUCAGUAGCAUGUGUCAAUUGUAUUAAAACAUUAACGAGGUUCACCCAAUAUGGGAUUUCAAAACCCUGGAUUUUUAAGAAUAAAUCAUAAGACACAACUACUCACACUUACAAUUAAACUCUAGCUUAUACCUAGUCACUGCGAUUCAUUCUUAUGAAGAAAGAGGAGGAGAUACAUGUAUACACCUCAUGUGCAAUGUGUGCUAAUAGAAUAAAAAGAGGUCUGUUAUAGCCAAGUAUGAUCAAUAUACUUUUCUAUUUUUUAUAUUUGUCUCUUUCUCUCCCUGUAUCUCUCUUCCCAUCUAUAGUCUGUCUGUCUCUCUCUCUCUCUCACUUUCUCUCCUCUCUCUCUCUCUCUCUCUCUUUGUCUUUCUCUUAUCUUUCUAGGGACUUUAUUUUGUAACAGUACUCAAUUCAGAGCUAGCAUUUGUGAAAAUUAUAAAAUCUUCUAUUGUAGCGUUAUUUUGAUAUUCAUUGGCCAGUAUACUCUUAUGUUACAAAGGCCAGAAGUAGAAAAGUAGAAUCAUGUAAUGGAAUCACUGUAUAACUCAUACUUUACGCUUUGCUAUAUAUAUUCUUAUGUCAAAGUUAGAUAUUUAUUUUUUUAUAUGUAUUUGAAAUAAUUUGAGUACUAUUUAUGUCUUUACCACUGUAUAGCACAUAUUUUUUUUUUUCACCAAAAAGGCACAUUCCCCAAUCAUUGUUUUUUGCUGAUAUACACAAGGAAAUAUCUGAAACGUGUAAAAUUGUUUUGUACAAAAUAUUAACGGACCAACUGGCCUUUAAGUUGUCUCUCUGUAGUGUAAUUAAGGUUGGUAUGCAUUUUUAAAACUUGUGUACUAUUUAACAAAUUUAAAUUAGUCUUAUUAUUACAAAAUAGUAAUUUUUCUUAUGUUCAGGUUGUUUUGUCUAGUUUUUGAACUUUUUUUAAGGGUUAAUCCUUUAUAGAAAUUGCAGCUAAAUUGCUUAGCUCUACCUUUUGAAGUAUGGUAGUCAAAAGUUUGAUCCCGUUCUCUAAUCAAAUAAUCACCGACUUCUUAAUUGAUGGGACUAACUGUCUGUACAGAGAUGAUAUCCGGACUAUCAUCUUCACCGGAAGGUAGAAUAAUAGUAGGGAAGAUGGUACAGCUCCAGAGAAAUUACUUUCAGGAAGUUUCCUAGGACCUUGUAAAGAUAUUUAUUCAGUAAGAUGGUCCAUGCACAGCUUACCUCCACACUGCAUGGACCUGCAUCACGAUCAUGGCGAGUGUAAUAAAGUACCGGUAUAACAAUUCAUUGGGCAUUACGAUGGACUAUAAAAUCAUUAACAUUUUGAGAAACCUUGACCAUUGGUUCUUAGGGUGCUCGUCUAUGUGGCAUCAAUAGGCCUGUCCUCAUCAGCCCGAAGUUGCAAUUAGUGGGAUAUUUGAUCGAGAUGAUUAUCCCAAGAUAUCUUGGGCUAGUUUGCGAAAUAUCCCGCUAUUUGUCCAGUGCGUCUUCACCAGCCCAAAGACUCGCACUAUGCGCGAACGUUGAGCAAAAAUAUCUCGAGCUCAAGUCUCGAGUUGAUGAAAACACGAUUUGUAACUUUGGGAUUAUUUCCCAAAUCAGAAAUAGCGGGCUAUUUGGCAAUCUCGAGCUGAUGAGGACAGGCCUUAUGUGAUAGUUUUUUACUGUCACUACAACCCACCAUGGUAAGCACUCUAUCCUUUGUCAUGUGACCUAAUUUUGACCAAUCAUGUUGGAAGAUUCGUAAUAUAUUAUGGGUUAUUAUGUGGAAUAUCAAUGUUCUAUCAAUGCUACAGGACAAUGACAAAAUAAUGUGCCAGUAUUAGCCUUAGUCAUUUGUGAUAUAGCAACUUCAUAUCAUAUGCUAUCAUUAUAUUUAUUUUAUGGUAUACCAAAUUUAAUCAAUAUUUACUAUUUUUCUAACACUUGUACAUUUUCUGAUAGUCCUUGCCUUUUCUUAUCAAUGUACGUGUAUCUGUAGAUUUCUUGUAUCAAGCUGAGAGACUGUCAACAUGUAUGUUAAUGUAUUGUAACUGUACAUGUAUAUAUCAAUUAUAAAUUGCAUCUUGUAUCAAUCAACAUCCCAUGUAAAACUCAGGUGUUGAACAAUCAAUGUACAAUGAAGAUGUAAAUUUCAUUAUGAUAAGAACUUAUAAAAUUAUUUCACUUGAAUAUUUCAUGACAUGUAAAUGAUGUAAAUUGUGUAUUUUUCUUUAAGAUAUAUCUUUAUAUUUCAAAAUGAUUGCAUAAAAAAAGAUUUAUUCAGAUGUACUUGGUCUUUAUCAUGUUAUUGGACAAUUGACUGUGUUGGGUAGAUAUCUGUAUUGUGAAUGCACAAAAGUUGUAACAAUACAUACAGUUGGUAUAUACUAAUUUAAUGUACACUUUAAAUGUACAUUAUAAUUUGGGGUUUAUACAUGCAUUCUUAAAACAACAAAUGAAAUUUUGUAUCGGGUGAAUACAUAUUCAGCAACCGAUGAGUGCUUUUUUUUUUGUAUCUUAGAACAGCAACUUGUUUUUUUUCUCUCCUUUUUUCCUUAUCUAUUUUCCCUUUAUUCUGAAAUUUCAUUUGAAAACCAGGUCAAGUUUAGAUUGUUAAGAUAUAUCAGUAAAGCUAACAUUCCAUAGAUUUUCAGACCAGCAUCCAACAAAGCCUGCCUUCCUGUAUAUUUUAGUGGUAUACUUUGAUAGAAACACUCCAGUAUACAAUCAAACGUUCAAGAAGCUUCUGAAGUCCCUUACAAAGGGGAUAAAGACAAAUCAAAUUUAAUCACUAAUUGCACCAUAGUUUAUUUCUGUUAAGGUUUUAAAAAAAUAAUAAUGCUGAAGUUAAUUUUUUUUUCUUUGGUCACAUUACAUUUAACUUUCUUCAGGUUAACUAUAUGUUGCCAAAUAUAUUUAUUGUCAUUUUCAGAAAUAAUUUGUUUUGUCAUGGAAUAUUUUGAUGCUGCUCUUUUUAUGUGUUUAUUGAAAUGUUGAAAUUCCUGAGAAGAAACCAUUUCUGUACAAAGAGGAGAAAAAAAACAUUCUUGAAAUAAAUCAUGUCUGAUGUAUUGACAUGUGCCUUUUCCAUGUGGAAAAAAAAAACAUAAA